CAUCGAGGCCGUGUCAGUCUGUGCUACAUAUUUUGACUGAUUUGGUCGGAUUUUGUUGAUUUACGUUACAUUGAAAUCAUUCUACAGAAUGGGAAUCCAUUAAGAUGCUGUGAUGGCGUGAGUUAGUUCCCCUGGUUGUGUAACUCUUCAGACAUCACAAUGAUGGAGCUGGCUCACAGUCUGCUCCUGAAUGAAGAGGCUCUCAAGAGAAUACAGGAUUCAAAGCGGCCUGUGUUUGUGUUUGAAUGGCUACGUUUCCUGGACAAAGUCCUAGUGGCUGCUCAAAAGUCUGACAUUAAAGAGAGUCAGUCGAAGCUGGUGAAACAGUUAACCAAUCAGAUCAGUGAAUCGCCAGGACCACCCACGCGUAAACUGUUAGCACGCUGCCUGGCCACGCUCUUCAGUGUUGGAGACACAUUUGACCUGUUCCAGACAAUCAACACUUGUAAUGACAUUAUCAAAAACAAGGAUGACUCUCCCAGUUAUCUGCCAACCAGGCUGGCUGCAGUGGCUUGCCUGGGUGCCAUGUAUGAACAGCUGGGCAGGAUGGUGGGAAGGUCGUAUGAGGAAACGGUCCAGAUUCUUAUCAAAUCCCUGAAAAAUGCAGAGUCCCAGGGACGAUGUGAGAUCAUGCUGACCCUGGAGAAGGUGGUUCUUGGACUGGGGUCGGCUGGGGCCAGCUGUUAUAAGGACAUCUACAAGGCUGCCAGUAAAUGUGUGACAGACCGGUCGAUGACAGUGAGGUUCCCCGCUGCCAAGUGCCUGCUGCAGCUGGUAAACGAGGCUCAGUUUAUGUACACCAGUGAGCUGGAGACCGUGACCUCCCUUUGCUUCCGUGCACUCGAUGGCUCCAAUUAUGAUGUCCGAUGUGCGGUCGCCAAGUUGCUUGGGUCGCUGCUUGUGGCUGCACAGUCACCUAAAGCCGCCAUGGGUAAGGGUAAACAGACAAAACAGGAGGAUGUUUUAGGGUUACUGGCCUCUGGUUUUCUGAGGGGAGGCCUCGGCUUCUUAAAGAACACCACAGCUGGAGAAAUGAUCAAGGGCAGUAACUCUGUGAACAGAGAAGUCAGAGUUGGGAUCACACAUGCCUAUGUGGAAUUUGUGAAGUGCAUGGGAGGGCUGUGGCUUGAGAGGAACAUCUCCCUGUUCCUGAACCAUGUACUAGAGCUGGUCUCCAGUCCUAAGGCCACCCCCACCCACGUGGAGGCUGUCUACGCCCGAAAGUGUGUGCUCUUCAUCAUGAGAACAGCCAUCGGCAGCCUGCUGGGUGAGAAGGCCCAGAUCGCAGCUGCCAAGGAGAUCUGCCAGAUCAUCAUCCGCCAGAUGAACACUGUGGGUGAAGUGACGGCUGAGUCCUCUGGGGAGAAGUCUCAGAUGGCUGAGCUUGUAUCCAGUCAGCACGUCCUGGUCUGUGCCCUCCAUGAGCUGGGUAGCCUCGUUCUGAGGCUGGGUACCUCUGCCAGCCCUCUGGUGGCAGAACCUGCCACAGGUAUCAUAGAGCCUGUAGUAUCUGUGCUGAUUCACCCGAGUGCGUCCGCGCGCCUGUCAGCGUCCUGGUGCCUGGGCAGUAUCGCUGUGGCACUGCCCUCUCAGCUGACGCCCCUGGUGAACAGGUGUAUGGAAAGGAUGGAGAAGCUGAAGGCAUCCCCUGAGGCAGUGGGUGGCUACAGCAGUGCCCUCACGGCUCUCCUUGGGGGCGUUUACCAGUGCCCUUUAGGCAUACCCCAUGCCAAGGGAAAGCAAAUUUUCAGCCAGGCCGAGGAGCUGUUAAGAACGGCAUCUCAGAAUAGUCGCUUGUCACUUCAGAGAACACAGUCAGGCUGGCUGUUACUCGGCUCGCUCAUGACACUGGGGGCACCUGUUGUUAAGAGUCACCUCCCUAGAAUGCUUCUGCUGUGGAGGAAUGCAUUUCCUCGCUCUACAAAAGAGCUGGAGUCUGAGAAGGUGCGUGGGGAUGCCUUUACCUGGCAGGUGACGCUCGAGGGGCGGGCUGGGGCGCUCGCAGCCAUGCAGAGUUUCCUGUUGUACUGUCGUGAGUUGGUGACAGAGGAUGUGAUUCGUCGCCUGUUGGUCACAUUGGAAUGUGCUCUUACCAUGUUCUCCCAUUUACCCAGUGUUGUAAAGCUGUACGGGAACCACCUGAAAGCCAGUGCUGCCAUGGUUCGUCUCCGACUCUACGAUGUCCUCUCUUUACUGCCCCCAAAGUCUUAUGAACACACAUACACGUCUUUGCUGAGAGAGCUGGUGGCAGAGUUCACGCUGACAGACAACCUAGCCCACACGACCACGUCGCUGCUGCGCUCGCUGUGUCACGUGGAUGACAGCGUGAUUCUGGGCUCCUGGCUUCAGGAGACAGAUCACAAGGCUAUAGAGGACCAGUUUGAGCCAUUUCGUAGGCAGUUGGACAAAGAUUUUCUCCAGCCUAACAGUGCCUCGGGAUCAGGAGCCCUGGAGCAUGACCCACCCUCUCUCUACUCCAGGUGUCCACCGAGUGAUCCAGUACCAGGCCCGCUGCCCCUGGGAGUGGCCGUGAUUGACAGCUCUGUCAGACUUUAUGGGCUCGUCUUCCCACAUGUCGCUUACAAACAUCGUUACCAGAUGUUACAGCACUUCAUAGAGUGUAUCAAACAGGCCAAGUCCCAAAGACAGCAGGCUGUACAGAUCAACAUCUUCACAGCAGUACUUUGUGCCCUCAAGAGUUUAUCUGAAACAAAGUCCAGCCUUGGCCCAGACGAUGUGAAGAAAUCCUGCUUUACUUUGAUCAUGGGAGCCUUAGGGAGCUCUAACCCUAUAUUACGAUGUGCGGCUGGAGAAGCGUUAGGGCGGAUGGCACAGGUGGUGGGAGACAGUCGCUUUAUAGCAGAGAUGGCCCAGUACAGCUUUGACAGGUUAAAAUCUGCACGGGAUGUAGUAAGUCGCACUGGCCACUCCCUGGCACUGGGUUGUCUCCAUAGAUAUGUAGGGGGUAUGGGAUCUGGUCAGCACCUCAACACCAGCAUCAGUAUACUUCUGGCUCUGGCACAGGAUUUCAACUCCCCCAUUGUACAGGUGUGGGCACUGCACGCACUGGGGCUAAUCGCAGAUUCUGGAGGUCCAAUGUUCCGGGGGUACGUGGAACCUACCUUAUCCCUGGUCCUACAGCUCUUACUGACCGUUCCCCCAUCGACUGUGGAUGUACACCAGUGCCUGGGCAAGUGUCUGUCUGCUUUGAUCACAUCUCUUGGACCAGAGCUACAGUUGAAUUCUGCGUCUAAGGCAACAGCCCGGUUGUACUGUCUGGUGUGUUGCGCCAUCAUGCAGGACCAUACAGACUCCCUGGUACAGGCUGAGGCCAUCUCCUGUCUGCAACAACUCCACAUGUUUGCCCCAAGACAUGUCAACCUGACCACCCUAGUACCACACCUCUGUGCGACCCUGAAGAGCUCACACCUGUUGUUACGUCGCGCAGCUGUGGCGUGUCUGCGACAGCUAGCCACACGAGAGGCGCGGGAGGUUAUCGAGCAUGCCCUGACCCUGGCUGACGAUGACACCCAACCCGGGGCCAAGCUGACAGACAUGGGCCUGGAGGGAGAGCUGUUUGGCAUGAUGGACACGGAGACGGAUGGCAAACUGAUCUCUGACGUACAGGACACUCUGGUCAGCUUGCUGCAGUCACUGGCCACAGAUAACCUUAGCCGCUGGCUGCUUCUGAUUAAAGACAUCCUGUCUCAGUCAACAGACUCCACAAGCACCCUGAUAGAGAGCACAAUAGAUGAUGGAGAUGAUGAUAAGGAGGAUGAGUCGGAGGAUGUUGAUGUGAGGUUUAAAGCUCCAGACACAGACGUUACACAUCCUACUGUCGCUCCCAGGUGGCCGACCAAGGUGUUUGCCAUAGACUGUCUGCAGAAGAUUAUAGCUGCUUGUGAGGAGGACAAGACGCAUUUUGACCUGGUGUUAGCUAAAGACCUGAAGAAUUCCACAGGAAAAGGUGAUUACCUGGUGUUACACCUGGCCGAGCUUGUCAGAAUGGCCUUCAUAGGAGCCACAUCAGACAGUAACCAGCUGCGCCUGGCCGGGCUGGCUGCCUUACAGGACAUCAUUGGUAAAUUUGCAAAGGUCCCUGAACCAGAAUUCCCAGGUCAUGUGAUUUUAGAACAGUUCCAAGCUCAGGUUGGAGCUGCUCUGAGACCAGCGUUUUCUGCUGACACGCCCUCAGAUGUCACAGCUGCAGCUUGUGAGGUAUGUAGCAGGUGGAUUGGCAGUGGAGUGGCUAGAGAUCUGAAUGACUUGAGGAGAGUCCAUCAGCUGCUCGUCUCCUCACUGGCCAAGCUGAAGAUGGGACAGGCGCGAUCACAGUUGUACAACGAGAGUGCCACAACCAUGGAGAAACUAGCCGUGCUCAAAGCCUGGGCAGAGGUGUAUAUAGUGGCAGUACAAAGAGAACGAGAGAAGAAGAACGAGAGUAAGGAGAAGAUAGAGAAGACAGAAGAGGGCUUUGAGAGUGCUGGAGAGAGUUUACUGAGUCUGGUCCAGCCAGAGUUGUCUUCUCUUAGUCAGCACUGGAUGGCUGCUCUAAAAGACCAUGCCCUGCUGUCCUUACCACAAGAGUACUCAAGUCAGCUUCCUCCAGAAGGUGGUGCUUUCUAUCAGGUAGAGACCAUGGACUCUGCACGGCCUCACUACAGGAACGCCUGGCCCUCUAUACUGUAUGCUGUUUCUAUUUGGCUCAAUGAGACAGGAUUCGCUGAUGUCUCACCUGAGCGCAGAGAGGGUAAACCUGCUAAUGAUCGCUCCUCAGGUGUGUUACCUAUGCCCCCAGCUAACAUGGCAAACAUCCCAGCCAACAUGAACCCAGAAGAGGUCAAUGCUGACAGAUUUUAUCUGAUCUUGGGUAUUUGUAUGGAAUCUUUCUGCUGCCCAACGUCUCGUCUCCCUGACAACACAGUACAGGUGUGUCUCAAGGCCAUCAUCACCCUGCUGGACUCCUCCUGGCCUCGCAGGUUGCUCGGGGAGGAGGCCACGCUGUCGCGAGAACUGAUCAAUGUCAUGCACAGGUUACUAUUGACCAGAGAGAGUCCAGGUACACAGCUGGUUGUCCUGGAGGUCGUGAAGAAGGUCAUCUUGGCUGCAAAGGAGUUCCUUAUAUAUGAUAAAGCUCGUCAAAAAGAACUGGACAGUUCCACUCCCAGUAAUGAAGGGAGCACAGAGUCUAUGGACACAGUGGACAGCACCAUUUCCAUGGGAGAAGGGGGUGAGACAGGGGAGAUAAUCCCUGGUAAAUCUGUGGUGUAUGCAUGUCUGGAGGUGUGUCUGUGUGUGGUUGUGAGGAAUAUCCCCGCCCUCAACCCCUCAGCCCCUCAGACAGGCUUCCAGAUCCCCACCCGCCUCUCCAAGCUGUCCGAAGAGGCCAGUCAGCUGGUGUCUGGUGCGGUGGCUAUAUUGGCUGACCUCCCCAGUCUCUGCUCACCUGUUGGUAGUGUAGCAAUCCUGCCAACAGUGCUUUACCUGGUGACUGGUGUUCUGCGUGAACUGGGUGGGAAGACAUGUGAGCACCGGAGCCCUAACACCAUCAAUGCCUGUCUGGCCGCCCUCAAGUCCCUGUGUACCUCACCCUUCACACAGGACGAGUACUGCGGAGCAGAGUGGCUCAAAAUGCUGCAGAGUGCUCUGGCUACUGUUUUGGACUUUUCCAAACCCAAAGAUGAGCGACCUGGCUUAGAUGACGACACUCUGUUGUUGACACUGACUGUGUUCAUGGUGUCUUGCCCUAAGGAGGUAGUGGGCUAUCAGAAUCUUCUCAGCCCCUGUGUGGAUGCCUUCAAGGACAGCUGGGAUGCAGACAGUGUCCAGUCCAAACAGCGCUGCCUCCAGGCAUUUCUGUCCAUUCUACACCAGCCUGACCGGGUCAUCUGCACCCCAUACAUCCACGCUAUAGCUCCCAAGGUGUUUGAGUACCUGUACUCCGUGAGUGGGGGUGCAACAGUCACAGAGACUGACCUCAGCUUAGUGUUGGACUCCAUCACUAUGGUGGAGACGCUGGUAUCUAUGGCCGAGGAUGAGAAACGUAUUGGGUUGCUGGCCCUGCUGGUGCCUAUUCUUAUCGCUCUUUUGAGAGAUGACUCCAAGGCUGGCACUGUCACGAAGGCCAUGCAGUCUCUACAUGACUUUGCCCUACAGCGCCUGAUGAAGAUAGGACCUAUGUACCCUGAGCACUUCAGGACAAUCAUGAUGUCAGCCCCUGACCUCAAACCCAAACUGGAGACAGCCAUUCGAGCAAACCAAACUAGCAAGAAAACUACCAAGAUAGAGUCCAUGGCCAAAAACGCUGCUCAUCAACCCAAAGCGCCCACAAUAACACUGAAGACAAACUUCAGUAACUUCACAGGCUGAUGGAAUGGUAGUUGUGAGCGCUGGCACACUGGAUAUUUAUUAAGACUGUUGCCAAAUCUGUAGACUGGACUGUGGAAAUCUAGUCUCCUGACAGCACUGAUGUUAUCAAAGUUGCCAGGUGGUUUUCAGUGAUUCAUGGGGUUUGUGUGCAACAUUGUAAAAGUGUUUGACUACAGUGGCCUGAAGAGACAUUUUUUUAAGAUGUAUAAUAUGAGCACAGAACACAAAGUUUUAUAAUAUUUUAAGACAGGCUCAGAUGAAUUGCGGAGAAAUUAUCUUUAUUAUUGCAGUAAUUGACAUAUUAGACUUGUAUAUUGUAGUCACCUGUCAUAAGAACACUGUGUGUCACAUUCAAGGCAAUGAUAUAUGUUGUUUUGUAUAUGAUAUACUGCUGGAAGAAAACAAACUUUUAGCAGUAAACUCAUAGACACCUACUGCAACUUUUCUUUUUG